AACUCUCCUCAGAGACAUCCUCUACGAGACGGAUUGGAGCCGCCGGUUCAUAGGACUCGCAGUGAACUACCCGCGCUACGACAACGCUGAGGCACUCACCACACGCGGCCCGCCCAUCGAGGUUCCCGAAUACAGGGACUUCAUCCACGCCUUCACGACUGGCAACUUCGAGGAGGCCCGGGAGACGAUUUCCAAGUACAUCCGCCAAGCGGGCGUGUUCUUCAACCCCCACGACGAGGUGUGUUCGACGGCGCUUGGCGACUACGUGGGACAAAUGUUGAGCGGAGUAGCUUGGAUGAAAAACUCGACGCUGCUGCGGGCCGCGAAAAGCUCCGAAAAGGUCGCGAUGGAGGUAGUUGGGGUCCAUGCGAGAGUUACAAUCGAGAGGACAGGACUGUUGAGAGCAGUCUGGUUGAAGACGAAGACGAAGGUCUGCGACAUCGUCAACACUAAGAGACGAAAUGAGACGGAGAUUCUCAUCACGUGUGGCGAAUCUUUUGUUGAUUUGUGUCUGCGGCGCUUUGAUGGGGGGUUGAGCCUGUGUGAUAUUACGGGAUGCUUGGGAUGAUUCAAAGAGAAUGAAUGCCUGCAUCAGUUUGAUCGAGUUUAUCGGAUGGAACCAACCCGGAUUUUCGAAAACAUAGAGUUAAGAAUGUUUUUGAGUUCCAUUGGAGUCCAGUUCCACUACUUGUAUCAGUGGCGUGGCGUGCUUUGCUAUAUAUCGAUUGUUCUGCCAUUUAAACCUAUGGUAAAGAAUCAAUUAUUAAGGUGUUCGCUGCGAACACCCUGUUUAUCGAUCCUUUUCCAUAGGUUUAAAUGACAUAACAAUCGAUAUAUCGCAAUUCACUCCACGCCACUGACUUGUAUAUCUUUUCUCGCCAAAAACGAAGUCAAAAUAAUAAUUGUCACGCAAAGUCUGUGAUAUUAUGGGAUGCUUGGGAUGAUUCAAAGAAAAUGGAUGCAUCAGUUGGAUUGGGUUCAUCCGAAAGGAACCAACUUGCAUUUUCGAAAAAAUUGAGUUAAGAGUGUUUUUGAGCUCCUUUAGUUGUACAUUUUCUCCCGCUAAAAAUUCAAAGUCGAAAAAAAAUAGUUUGUGAAAAAAGGGAUUUAAAGUUUAUUUUUUACAUUAUGAACUCUACGGAAAGUUCUUUUCUGCUAAACUCGGUCUUAUUGUGAACUGAUUUUUUUAUACCGUUAAAAAUUGCAUGAAAGACAUUAAAAAAUAAGAAUGUUAGCAUCUACGAGUGAAUCAAAAGUUUUAAAGCGGUUAAAAAAGACGCAUUUGCAGUAACAACGCAUCAAUUAUGAUUUACGGUUAUUUUUAACCUCAAGUGCAGAGUACAAUCAUAGGUAGCCAGAGUAUGGUAAUCUGCGUGCUGCUCUUGAAUUCGACACAAAAAAUAAGUUUUUAAUGAAGCUUACAGCAUGCGUUUCGGCUCUAACUCAUUGAACAAAUAAGAUUAAUCUCACAAUACAAAUAAUGCCGAACCAGUUUGAAAGCCGUCCGGAGAGUAAAUAAGUUAACCUGUUCCUUUUUUUAUGUAUUUGUGACCUUUACAUUUUACAGAUCAAGAUCCAAAUAAAUUUUAUGAUACAUUUAACAAAAA